AAACUGACGUUUGUCAUUUGUGGAGUCGUCGGAAAGAAAGCCAAAAAAAAAAACAACAAAAUUUUAUCGACGAAAUGUCCGAUUUGCCGAUGUAAACAAUUGUUGGUUACGCAUCGAAGGACAGGGAAAAGGUGUAUCGUAUUUCGCGCACCGCAGAAAGUGUGGCUUUUCCUGGAUAGAAAUCCGUACGCUCAGUAUGUUUUCGUGCUCGGUGCAGUAGCACCGCCAGUGGACCAGCCAUGGAAGUCGGCGAGUCGGAACAUUCUGGCCGUGGCUUUCGUCAGCGUAAAGGUAGAACCAGUCCGAUGUGUUGUCCUAUCUGUGGCGUCACGUUGCGGGUGCACGAAAUAGAUCAUCACUUUGCGGUCGAAGUAGACCGGCUGGAGCGUAUCCUGAAGCCGAAGAAGCAGCUCCCGUACGGUGGCGGCGUGGACGAUGGAACGAACACGGCCGGACCCAGCUACAGCAACGGGGAAGGACCGAGUCACAGUGGCAGCAGCAGCACGUCCGUGUCUCGUACAAAUGGUCACGGCGGCGAAGAGAAUACGACCAGCUCUAUCGGCCCGGAUGAAUGUUGGGGAACGUAUCAGAAGAUAAAAAACAAUCGACAGGCGAGAUUGAAGCUCAAAUCCAGGAAGCGCAAGCCGGAGGAUAACGUGUGUCCCAUCUGCAACAAAGUUACCCUGGACGAUAUUACGCUGCACGUCGAGGCAUGCCUACGCAAAUCCGAAUCCCAUCGUAAUGGAGGCAAUCCGGCGCACAACGGUAGCGAAGAAGACGACGACGACGAUGAUGAUGCCAGCAUCGACGUUGAGGGUGAAUCGUUCGAUGUGUACGAGUGGGCCGGACAGAAGCGUGUCCGGGCAACGGCCAUGCUGGGCGCGGGUGCACACGGUGGGCUCGGUGUACGCAUCACCAACGCAGACGAUACGGACGACGAGCUGAACGUGGAUGGCGAUGAAGGGCAGGUAUACGGACCACCGCAGUACUCCGAGCGGGAUGUGCUUGUAACGGGCCGCAGUGCACCCGGUAGCAGUGCGCUGCGCCAGCUGCUAAUUGCCAACGAUCCACAAACCGUAAAACCACCGGCAGAGAACAGUGCCGGCGAAGGUACGAGCAAGUCGACCGUACCGGUUCCACCUCCACAGCCACCACCGCCGACGCUGCCACCAUUAUGUUUGCCGAUGGACGAGGAUGGGGUAGAGGUGGCCGGCGGUGGCACAGGCACGGACAGUCGCAUCGUUGAAUCGUUGAAGGCCAAAAUUCGCGAGUACGAAGGGUACAUUCGUAAUCGACCCAAGUGUCUCAUCUGCAUGGAUGAUUUUCGCAAACCUAUUGUGUCGGUUUGCUGCUGGCACGUUUACUGCGAGGAGUGUUGGCUGCACACGCUCGGAGCGAAGAAGCUAUGCCCGCAGUGCAGCAUGAUCACCUGCCCGACUGAUCUGCGGAGGAUCUAUCUUUAAUGGUUUUCGCAGGCGAAGAGGGGUAGCGAACCCGACGCAAGGACAGACCAGGUGGGAAGGCAGAAAAGGCAGUAAACCGAUACAGGGUAGCCCAUAAGGCACCGGCAGCAGCGCACCCUUCACCAGGGAACAGCGGCGAUAGGCUUGGUUGAGCAAUAAGGGCUGAAGAACGAACAACGAACACACGCAAGUUAGAUGGUUUCACCAAACAGAACGCUUAAGUAACCCGAAUGUGCGCGCGUGUGUGUAUGCCAGAAGGGAUGAACCAAAACCACACUGACAAUGAAGUAAGACAAUAAGCAAAGCACAUCUUAUACAAAUGCGACUCGCAAACUCGCCAUUAAAUUAGAAGAGCGAAGCAUUGCUCGGCAUACCCCUUCAAGCAACCUCUCGAUUAAUGAACAUUCCGGUUUAGUGUGUGUUUGUGUGUGUGCACACCAUAUUACCAGAUCUUUUUUUUCCCCCUGUCGUCAUAUUUUACCUAUUUACAGUAUUCCGGGAAAACUAAUGCCAUUUCGUAAUGUUUCAGUUUAACACUCGAAUGACUGAAUGAAUAAUAACGAGUUGAGUAACUAACGA